UGCUUCCGGAAAAACAUGGUCAUAAAGUAAUUUAUACCUACAAUAAAAACUACAUUUAGAAAAGCAUCGCCGUAUAUUGAAACUGAUUUUUCUCCAUUUGAGUACAUUGCGACUUUGGCCCUAUUGAAAGAUCUGUGUCGAAAUCAUCAGUUUGUUUCGGACUUACAGAAAGAAGUGAAGUUAUAUUAUACAUAUUUAAAGACUUCAAACAGUUUUAUUGUGCCAAAAGGUCUUUUUUAAUUUUUUUUAAUACUGUGUACAAUGAGCUCUUGGUCGCGUAUUCAACGGGUUGGUUCGGUUGCCAUCGGUGCUGCUGGUGGGGCUGUCGCUUUCUGGUAUGGCUCGCGAAUGCUGAAUGAACGGAAGGUUCACAGCUCUUGGACGACUAAUUUCAAGGUGUCUGAAUGUGCCAAGUGGGAUCAUAACUGGGACCACCGAGAUCCUGCGAGUUUGGUUGAACCUGUAAGCGAUUCAGCAGAUCCCGUCGUCCAAAACCGUCACAAUGAAAAAUUGGACAAAAAGCGAUCGAAGGUAACUCGGCAUUUGAUACUGGUUCGUCAUGGUCAGUACAAUAUGGAUGGUCGUUCCGAUGUCGAUCGUUACUUAACAGAGAAAGGUAGAAAACAAGCAGCUCUCAGUGGUGAACGUCUCAAACAUUUGUGCAUCGAUUUUGAUAAGAUUAUUCGUUCAACGAUGACACGCGCUCAAGAAACUGCCAAGAUUAUAUCACUAUCACUGCCUGAACUAAAGAUGCAUGAUGAUGCCAUGCUUGAAGAGGGGGCACCAAUUCCACCGGAACCACCGGUUGGACACUGGCGACCAGAGAUAUCGCAGUUCUUCGAAGAUGGAGCUCGCAUUGAAGCUGCCUUCCGGAAGUACUUCCAUCGAGCUGAGCCUGACCAAAAACAUGAUUCCUACACACUGAUUGUAUGUCACGCGAACGUAAUCCGAUACUUUGUCUGUCGAGCUCUGCAGUUACCUCCGGAAGCAUGGCUCAGAAUUUCGCUGGGUCACGCUUCGCUAACCUGGAUUUCGAUCAUGAAUGAUGGUCGGGUCACACUUCGGAACCUGGGAGAAACUGGCCACAUUCCGCUUGAGCUGUUGAGUAGGUGAAUUCGCACUGGUUGGUUGUGUAUUACAGGGUAAAACAUUAUCAAGUGAAUAAGUAUUGUCCGUAUGCAAUAAGUUAAAAGUACGUCUGCAAUAAAGAUUUGCCUUC